AUGGAGCAGAAUGGCCACAGUGUCCCAGAACAUCUUGGAGUGUGUCCAAGCCGGGAUGCUAGGUUGCCUGCCCUGGCCCUUGAAACUGCCAGGACGCAGUACAAGCUCGCUGGAGGUAUUGCUCCCAUAAGUGCCAGGGACCCCAUUGUCUCAGUCAGGAAUCAAAUGGAUAGAUUGCAAUCUAAUGGAUGCAUUGCUGAUACAACAUCCCCUAGCAGAUGGGACAGUUUCUCAUCUUCUGCUGAAAAAGGUCCAAGUGUCAGUGAGCCUCCAGGCCUCCCCAGACUCUCUGCUCACUUAGACACUGCUGUAGAUUUGGAUCAGAAAUCCUCCUCCUCACCUUCUGAUCACUCCUCUGAAACCUCUUUGACCAAAAUCCAAAAGAAUGAAUAUCCCAAGGAAUUCAGCCUGCUUCAGAUGCAGACAAAAGACGGGCAGCGUCCAGAGUGGUCGUUUUACCCAAGGUUUAGCAGCAAUAUCCACACCUACCAUGUUGGAAAGCAGUGCUUCUUUAAUGGGGUCUUCCUCGGCAACAGGAGAUCUCAGUCAGAGAGGAUGGUGGACAAGUGCUUGGGGAGAAAGAAAUAUGAUAUUGAUCCCAGGAAUGGAAUCCCAAAGUUAACUCCAGGGGAUAAUCCCUAUAUGCACCCAGAACAGAGUGAAGGCUUCUUCAAAGCAGGAUCAACUCUCCCACCAGUGAAUUUUUCAUUAGUGCCUUAUGAAAAGAAAUUUGAUACAUUUAUUCCACUUGAGCCUCUUCCACAAAUUCCCACCUUGCCUUUCUGGGUGAAAGAGAAGGCCAACAAUUUGAAGAACGAGAUAAGAGAAGUUGAGGAGCUUGACAAUUGGGUACCAGCAGUGCCCUUAACACAGAAUUUAUUCCCUUAUGACAAUUCUGAGCGGAAACAGGCCCAUAAAGCAUACAGUGACUACACUCUGACAAGCCUCUUCCAGUUGAUGGUUUUUGACAGUGUGACUUUUCUAAAUCAGAUGUUUGAUGUUAAUGAGAAAGCAUCAUGCUUUUCCUUUUAA